CGGUCAUUGGUUAAUAGCUGUUUGUUUUAAAUUACAAAAUGUUAUAACCAAUUAAAAAUCGUCAUUUAUUUUACUGCUGCCACGUUAUGUAGACCUCUAGUGUAAAUGAAAACAAAUUCUUUAGGUUCAAACUGUCAUUCAAAUGACUGUGUGAGGAGUGUAUCCGCCUUUUGAUUGUGGUUUUGUGAACAAAGUAAAGGGUCCACCAUGACGACCCAAGUGCAAGCUUUAUAUGACUUCACAGGUGAGCCUGGCACCACUGAAAUGUCAAUAACAUGUGGAGAAAUCUUAACAUUGAUAAAUACUGAAAUUGGGGAAGGAUGGUGGGAGGGAAGGAAUUCUAAGGGCGAAACAGGCCUAUUUCCUGCUGCUUAUGUGAGGAAAUUAACCCAGGAAGAGACUGCUCCUACAAAAAUGGCUCCAGCGGCACCGAGAUAUGACCAAGCUGCUGAUGAAUGGGGUGACCAACAGUAUAGUGCUGGGGAUAACAACUACCAAAGAGGUACAUCUCAUGAUGAUGGCUGGGACGAUGAUUGGGAUGAUGAUACCUACUCAGAAAUUGGACCAGCAUCUCAACAGAAAUCACAGUACAAUCAACAGCCAUUAGCACCAUUACCAGGCAUGCCUAUUAAUGAUUAUAACCAACAUAUUGAUGAUACUGCAUCUACAUUUGGCUCAUCUGUUGGAACAGUUAGGAAAAAUAAAUUUGCUCCAUCUUCGAAAGUCAGUGGAGAGAGCUACCUGUUAGGUACGCUCAAUGUUGAAGUCUCAGAUUCAGAGAAAGUUUACAUUGUUCAAGAUGAAGAUGGUUACACCUGGUCUCCAAUCUCACAACCAUACAAUGUUACUGUAGCAUCACCUAAGAAAGAAUCAAAGUUUAAAGGGAUCAAGAGUUUUAUUGCUUAUCAAUUGACACCAUCCUUUAAUAACAUUCAAGUUUCUAGAAGGUACAAACAUUUUGACUGGUUGCAUGAGAGGUUACAAGAAAAGUUUACACUCAUACCUAUACCGCCUCUACCAGACAAACAGAUAUCUGGCCGCUAUGAUGAGCAAUUAAUUGAGCGUAGACGGGUUCAACUUCAGGAAUUUGUUGAUUGGAUGUGUAAGCAUCCAGUGUUGUCCAAAUGCGAGGUAUGGCAGCAUUUUCUUACUUGCACUGAUGAGAAACGCUGGAAGGCUGGUAAAAGGCAAGCCGAAAGGGACAACCUGCUAGGCUUAAAUUAUUGUGUAUCUCUAGUUGUACCUGAAAAAGCUUUACUUCAAUCACAAGUAGAUCACAUCACCGAACAGUGCCACACUUUCAUUGGUAGUAUGGAUUCAUCAGUCAAAUCAGUAACCAAUAUGUGUCUCGCACAAACAAAGAGAUUCCAGGGCCCAUACAAAAUUGACUGUCAAAAGACAGGUGAAGCAUUUUAUAAUUUAGGAAAUGCAUUAAGUUUGGAUGAAGGGACAAUCGUUUCUACAUCUAAGCUUACGUCAGCUAUUAAAAUGACAGGAGGAGCUUAUAUUGAAAUAGGAAGAAUGUAUGAGGAGCAGCCGAAAUAUGAUUGGGAACCAUUAGGGGAUAAAUUUCAUUUAUACAAAGGAAUUGUUGGGUCGUUCCCCGAUUGCCUUGGAAAUCAUAAAGCGGCGGUUCAGAAGAAAAAGGAGUGCGAGAGAUUAACAGCUGAGCACAAAAUGGAAGUUGCACAAUUAAAUGAAGUUUUACGACGAACCGACGUUAUAUCGUAUGCCCUUCUUGCCGAGAUUAACCAUUUUAAGAGUGAGAGAACUGUCGAUUUGAAGGCAACUAUGCAGAAAUUUUUAAGGCAACAAAUAACUUUUUAUAAAAAAAUAGUUGAGAAGCUAGAAACAACACUUCAUCAAUAUGAUGAAUAGACUGUGUUGAAUAUUCAAAUGUGCUAUAUUCAAGCUAUGAGUACACUGAAAAGUAUUCAAAAUGGACUUAUGAAAUUUUUAUGUGUAACAAAAUUAAGCGUUUGAAUAAUCCAAAGGAUUUGUACUAGAUAUAUAAUCGAUAAAAUGUAUAUGUGAUGAAAAUUGACUGAACGUCAUUAUAAAAUACACAA